CAGAUAUUGGACUGCAGUAGGAUAUUGGCUGGGUUAGCUGUCAAGGAGGUUUUAUUUCAUGGUGAAUACCAGUUCAAGAGCAUGUUACUUAUUUUGGUUAAAGCUGUCAUGGAUGGCACAUGAAAGUUAAUAGCGUGUAAAGUGAUAGUAAGCAAACAAAUAUUACAUGUACACUAAAUUGACGGAAAGGCAACACUGUUAUUUCAACUUAUGUGUGAUCUGCAUAUUUGGAUUAUUAAUUUUAAAUUGCCUUUUUUGAAAUGGAUUCAGGAUUAUACUUGAUAACUGUUGUAUUGAUGUAUUAAGGUGACAUUGUAACUUUUCUACUCAAUAAGUGUAACCUCAAAAUGAUUGCUUCAUGGGGUCGAUCAAUUCCUCCAAUCGACGCAGGAGAAUGAGUGGAUCGCUGGACUUGAGUUUACCACAACGAGAGGAGCUUUCAGUCGGGAACCAAUCUACUGGUUCAGCAGGGGAUGAGAGGGAGGGACAGGAAACAGUAGAGGUCACAGCACACGAUAGCGACAGCAGCACAGAUCUCUCUGCAAUAUUGGCGUACUUAAUACGAAGUGUUGGUGUUUCCAGCGGGCAGGUUCGGCUCCUGUCGACGGACCCUGAUGAUGACGAGUACGCCUCGGAAGAAGAAUGUUUUGACAAAUCUCAGAAGCCAGUGGCGGAUUCAAAUCCAGAUACAUCUAGAAUCAAGAACAAUGACAUCUAUGAGGAGAUUAUGCUGCGGUCAGGUCGCAGUAGUGCCCUGGACAAGAGCCACUCCACUGUCACACAUAUGAUCUACAAGAGGCAGAUUGGGAUGAAAAAUCAUGGAAAUUUCACACCCAGUGACAGAAGAGUUAUCUGUAAACCUUUUCUUCCCAACUUUUGUGAGACAAUUGGCUGCUACAGACAGAAGGUGUUCUGUGGUACUUACUCGGUCGAUGGCAACAUAUUUUUGGCUGCCUCACAAGAUCACAACAUACGUGUGUAUGACACUCGAGACGAUGAGUUCAAUCUUAUGAAGGUCAUAAGAGCCAGGGACGUAGGCUGGAGUGUCCUUGACACUGCCUUUAGUCCUGAUGGCAACUAUGUAGCCUAUUCAAGUUGGUCAGACUCCAUCCACCUGUGCAAUGUGUAUGGUGAGGAGGAAGUCCAUCAGUCCCUGCUGAUGAUGCCAACUGAGAACAGCUUUUGUAUCUUCUCCCUUAUGUUCUCAUCGGAUAACCGGGAGAUUCUUGGAGGAGCCAAUGAUGGUAACCUGUAUGUGUAUGACAGAGAUAAUGGACGAAGAUCUCUCAAGAUCGAUGCCCAUGAUGAUGAUGUGAAUGCAGUGGCCUUUGCUGAUGACAACUCCCAGAUUCUGUUCAGUGGGGGAGAUGAUGGGCUCAUCAAGGUGUGGGACCGCCGUAUGCUCAGGGAGGAGUCACCAGUGCCUGUAGGAGCACUGGCCGGGCACUAUGAUGGCAUUACUUACAUUGACUCCAAGGGUGAUGCCAGGUACCUUCUGUCCAACUCCAAAGACCAGACAAUGAAGCUCUGGGACAUCCGUAGCCUCUCCUCCAAGAAUGCAGUUGAACAAACAAAGAAAGCCGUAUCCAAGCAGCGGUGGGACUACAGGUGGCAACAAGUGCCGAAAAAAAUGCAUGUGAAGCCCCGCCUGGAAGGUGAUACCUCUCUGAUGACCUACAGGGGUCACUCUGUCCUCCACACGCUGAUACGGUGUCGCUUCUCUCCCAAGUUCAGCACCGGACAGAGAUAUGUGUACACAGGAUGUGCCCUAGGCAAUAUAGUCGUGUAUGAUACGUUAAGUGGUGACAUAGUGCGCAAGCUGGAGGGCCACAGGUCCUGUGUUCGAGACGUCAACUGGCAUCCAUUUGAGAACAACAUUGUAUCUGCCUCUUGGGAUGGAACCUUACGUAAAUGGAUGUACGUAUCCCCUGACAAAUACGAGGAUUUACAAGAUCCUUGCCUACGACCUUCAUCAAGUGAGGAUGAGAGCGGUGAAGACGAGGAUGGUGGCAGGAGGCAAAGUGUACAACAACGACAACAGAAACGAAAACGAUCAAUGAGUUCUUCCAGUUGCUAUGAACACAUUAAACACAAAGGUCUUUUUGAUUGAAUCGGGAUAGGUGUACAGUGAAUAAAGAACCUUUUGUUACAUAGGAUUUGAAGUAGUGGCCAGUGGAAGGUGAUAAGUCUGUUUAAUAAACUGGAAUCCACAGAUGUGUUAUUUAAAUACGCUUCCAAAAGGUUGAAGUGAAAGACGCACCUUCUCUUUGAUAUUAAAUGAAAAUGUGUGAUACAUCAGCCUAACCUUUUCCCUUAAUAUUGUAUGCUCAUACUGCUCAUAAUUAUGGUAUGUGCUGAUAUGUAAACAUUGCAAGAGAAUACAACAGUAUUCAUUCAGGAUAUAACAGAACAAAUUGAAUGUUUGUAUGUAUUCUAGAGGUCAAGUUAACAUGUACAUUGUAUAUUGAAAAUGUGAUCUAAGGAGAAUGAAAAUAGUUCGCUCACUGUCAUCAUGUGACUUAAGCAGGCCUGUGUGUUGAGAGCAUGCCGGGCUCAACGACAGGGCACCUUGUAUACACUGUAUAUGGCCAACCAAGGUCAUUGUAGAAUAGCUGGGAUUGAUAGAUGCUUGGUUGAGGCUAUCACUGCGAUAUGAUCCUUUAGAAGGUGAAAUAGAUCCCAUCAACGGAGUUGCAACUAUAAAACUAAAACAAUUUGUGUGUAUCAAUUGUUAAUGACAUAUCAUAUUGUUUGAAAGUAGUGGGUAAUAUCUAUUAUAACAAGUUUAAAUGGUCUACUAUAGAUUUAGCUUUUUAUUGAAUCCAUUUUUAUGAUGGAAUGGACCGGACUGGCCAUUAUAGUUGUCUACUGAAUGAACUUUCAUUUCCUUACAUAACUACUGUUAUAUGAUGGCUGGUCAAGGCAAAGAAUAAUCAUUAUAAUAUACACAAACAUAACAAUUGUGACUGAUCAUGAUCAGUUUAACGGCUUGGUUAUGUUUAUUGUUAGAUUGUGGCGAGACCAUCUAUUUAGUAUAAUUUCUGAUAUAAUUUUUAAAAUUUUAUCCAUAGUUAAAGUAUACUAAUGUUUUCUAUAAUAAAAACAUGCAAAUUAGUUUCUGAUAGUGGUUUUGAAUUUUAUGGGUAAUAAAACACAAAUGCUGUGUUGAUCAAAUGUUAUUUCGUAUAUUAGUUAAUAUUUAACUAUUAAUGAUGCCACUUUAUUUUAUAAGGCUAAGCAUUUUUAGUGUUGUGAAACUGGUCUUGUACACUUAUUAUUUAUGUGUAAUUAACUAUUUGUUGUGUAUGGAUCACUGUUUAUGGUAUGUUGAAAAUAAAAAAAAUAGUGUCUAGAUUUAGCUGGUGUAUGAAUAAUAUGUAGCCCUGGCUUUGCAAUUGGAGUAGCAUAAGAUAAUUUCAUAGAACAGCCUCAUGUAGUCAGGCUUUAAGAAUCUACAUGAACUUGCCGAAACUUGAUUAUUAAUGUUAAUUGCUUGUUGAAUUUUUCUACCGGUAUGUUAGACCAGUACUAUUGCUCAUUAUAUAAGCCAUGUUAUGAGAAACCUGCCCUUAAUACAAGCUGCACAGCUAUUCAGGGAGGACACAUUCCAUGAGAAACCCGCCCUUAAUACAUGUGCACAACCAAUCAGGGAGGACACGUUCCAUGAGAAACCCGCCCUUUAUACAUGUGCGCAGCCAAUCAGGGAGGACACGUUCCAUGAGAAACCUGCCCUUAAUACAUGUGCAUAGCUCAUCAGGGAGGACACGUUCCAUGAGAAACCCGCCCUUAAUACAUGUGCGCAGCUAUUCAGGGAGGACAUUUUCCGCGUGCACCGUAUUAUCAUUAAGGAGUAACUUCUUUAUAAGUGAAAAAUGCCACGAAAGAGUUUUCCCUGAUUAGCCUAUGCAGUCUGCACAUGCACUUAGGUCUGUUUUUCCUGAUUAGCCUGUGCAGUCUGCGCAUGCACUUGGGCUUGUUCCCAGUGCAAGGCUCAAAUAUUUGUCAAUGUAUGCCAAGCCUUGCCCAAUUUGCAAUAAUGAUAUGUACAUACUUAAGCAAAAAUACUUGUGCUCACUUGUAUUCUGUUGUUUGGGCCAAGUUGGCCUUGCUGAAAUAAUGUAUUAAAUAUAAAGUAAUUUGUGGAAAUAAAAAUCCAGUUAUUUUGUCAAAAUACUUGUUAUUGUAUACAAUAUAGUUAUUCUACCUAAAUCAUCAGUGUUUUUGGUGUUGCAUAGAGGCUAUUAAAGACAAGGUACAAACUUAACCCCAAAAUAAUAUGAGUCGUGCUCUGUGAAAAGGGGGUGUAAUGUUUGUGCGUAAAGUGUCGUCCCAGAUUAGCCUGUGCAGUCCACACCGGGACGACAUUUUCUGUUUUUAAAGAAAGUCUCAACAUAACUAAAAUCCUUUUAAGGCGGAAAGUGUGGUUCUUGAUUAGCCUGUGCAGACUACACAGGCUUAUCUGGGACAACACUUUCUGCACAUGCAUUAAACCAGGGCUCAUAUUGAUUCUCUUCACUGAGUGAUAAUCAGUUGUUUUAUAUAAUUUUUUGUCCAUGUUCUUUUAAAAUUCUGUUUUCAGCAAAAACCAGUGGAGAAAAAAAAAACGUUCAUUUUUCUUCUAUUUUCUGUAAAACAAAAUGAUUAAGUCUGUAUUUGCUUAUGUGCAGACAUGAUUGUAUGAUAUUUCUGUUUUAAAAUGUCCAUUUCAAACAUUAAUUCAGAUAACUAAGAGUGGUAGAAACUUAAUCACAAAUGUACUUAUAAGCAGAAUUUCUUUACUAGUAUAUUAAUAAAUGUAAUGUUUCAGUGUAACAUGUCUUUGUUAAAUGACAAUUGCAAGCAAAAUAUUUUUUUAUUAACAGUUUCAAUUUUCAUAUCCAAUUAAGGGGGUAUACCUGAAUCAACGCUUGAAACAAUUUAUUAGUUGUGUGCUUGUUGUAUAUAAUGUUUAUAGUUAAAUGACAAGUGAAUAUUUAGUACAGUCAUAUUCAUUAUUCCCUAUAGAGUGUUUCUUUUUAUAGGGAAUGAUACCUUUAACCCAUUUAGUGUAUCUUUGUUUUGUUUUUGUUAUGUUUUUGGUAAUAGUAAAAUAUAAUGAUUUGUAUGUUUUGUUGUUCUUUACCAUUUUACUACAGAAUGUGCAACUUGCUUUAGUUUCAUUCUCAUUAUUUCAUUGACAUUUAAAUUCAUAGAGAUAGUAUGUUCUUUAGUUUGUAGCUGUAUAAUCGUAAAAGAAUGCAUUCUUACUUCUCAUAUAUGUAUGUUUUUUGUAGUAACUGCUAGUAUGAUAUGCUAAAUCAUGAUUGAACUGUGAGGAUCUUUUGUAUGCAACUGUAAUUCAUGAUGUAUGUAUAUCUAGAGAAUUUAACUCCACUCUUCAUACUAUGUCUCCUUAUACUUAUCAAGUAAAGGGAUAAUCAUUCCAUCAAGUUAAGGGAUAAUCAUUCCUUCUAUUAAAAAAAAAUCAUGUAAAAUGGUACGAAAUAUGCCCCUGAGGAAAAAUCUGGCAUUAUGUCAAAUCACUUUGAUUUAUUUUACUUCUUCUUCAUCACUAUUAGCAAAUGAAUCCAUAAUAGAUAACAACUAAGUACUGCUUGUAUGUUUCCUAAGAAAACAAAGUUGCAUAGUUAAUCUUUUCAUAGUGCAAAAAAAAGGAAUUUUAGUAUCAUUCUCAUGUGAUUGUCAAAUAAAAAAGAAAUCCAUUAUUAUGAUGGUUAUAUCCGAUCUAUAAGAUAAUAAGAUCAAGAUAUAACUGAAAGGUACCGUUGAAGCAAAUGCUUAAUACCUGUAGCACUAUGGAGGCAGUCCAGUAAAUGGUGUAAUAAGUGCAAAAUAUGCCAGUAUAGGCAUAUAAUCUCAGGGUUUCCUUUUUCUGUUGUUUUUUGCCCCACUGGCCAGAGGCCAGCGGGGCUUAUGUCAUGGUCCUGUGUCUGUCAUGCGUGCGUGCGUUUGUGCGUGCGCUAACUUUUCCUUUAAACAUCUCCUAAACUACUGGUCCAAUUCUGAUGAAAUUUCUCAGGAAUGUUCCAGGGGUGAACCUCUUUCAAAUUUGUUCAAAUUAUGCCCCUGGGGUCAAAUUUGACCCUGCCUCGGGGGUUACAAAUUUGAAAAUUUGCUUAUAUAAGGCCUAUUUUGUGAAAACUUUCAAAAUCUUCAGGUCCGUAACCAUUGGGCCUAGGGCUAUCAAAUUUGGUAUGUAGAGACAUCUAAAAGUCCUCUACCAAAUUUAUUCAAAUUAUGCCCCAGGGGUCAAAUUUGACCCUGCCCCGGGGGUCAUAAAAUUCAACAUAUGCUUAUAUAGGGUCUAUUUUGUGAAAACUUUACAAAUCUUCUCGUCCAUAACCAUUGGGCCUAGGGCUACCAAAUUUGGUAUGUAGUGGCAUCUUGUAGUCCUCUACCAAGUUUGUUCAAAUUAUACCCUUGGGCUCUAGUUUGACCCUGCCCUGAGGGUCACAAAAUUGAACAUAUGCUUAUAUAAGGCCUAUUGUGGGGAAACUUUAAAAAUCUUUUUGUCCAUAACCAUAUGGCAUAGGGCUACCAAAUUUGGUAUGUAGUGACAUGUAAUAGUUCUCUUCUUAGUUUGUUCAAAUUAUGCCCCUGGGGUCAAAUUUGAAACUACCCCGGGGGUCACAAAAUUGAAGAUAUGCUUAUAAAGGGCUUAUUUUGUGAAAACUUAAAAAAAAAUCUGUCCAUAACCAUUGGGCCUAGGGCUCCCAAAUUUGGGAUGUAGUGACAUCUUAUAGUCCUCUACCAAGUUUGUUCAAAUUUUGCCCCUUGGGUCAAGUUUGACCCUGCCCCGAGGGUCACAAAAUUAAACAUAUGCUUAUAUAAGGCCAAUUUUGUGAAAUCUUUAAAAAUCUUCUUGUCCAUAACUGUAUGGCAUAGGGCUACCACAUUUGGUAUGAAGUGACAUGUAAUAGUUCUCUUCUUAGUUUGUUCAAAUUAUGCCCCUGGGGUCAAAUUUGAAACUGCCCCAGGGGUCACAAAAUUGAAGAUAUGCUUAUAAAGUGCUUAUUUUGUGAAAACUUAAAAAAUCUACUUGUCCAUAACCAUUGGGCCUAGGGCUACCAAAUUUGGUAUGUAGUGACAUCUUAUAGUCCUCUACCAAGUUUGUUCAAAUUAUGCCCCUGGGGUCAAAUUUGACCCUGCCCUGGAGGGUCACAAAAUUGAAUAAACGCUUAUAAAGGGCCUAUUUUGUGAAAUCUUUAAAAAAUCUUCUUGUUGAUAACCAUUCGGACUAUGGCUACCAAAUUUGGUAUGCAGUAACAUCUUAUAGUCCUCUACCAAGUUUGUUCAAAUUUAUGCCCUUUGGGUCAAAUUUGACCCUGACCCAUGGGUCACAAAAUUGAACAUUAUAUACGCUUAUAUCUUGCUUAUUUUUUGAAAACUUUUAAACUAUUCUUGUCCUUAACUCUAGGACCUAGGGCUACCACAUUUCGUAUGUAGUGAGAUAUAGUAGUCCUCUACAAAGUUUGCUCAAAUUAUGCCCCCUGGUGUUAAAUUUGACCCAGCCCAGGAGGUCACAAAAGUGUACAUGUGCUUAAAUAGGGCCUAUAUUUAAGUAUUUGCACAUGCAGAGAAAAUUUGUUUCAGCCUUUUUUUCAGCAGUGGAGCGAUACAGGGCCAUCAUAGCCCUCUUGUUUUCGCUUGUUUUGUGAACAAUAUUUUGUGUGCCCACAUACAUGUAAAUAUUUAAAAAAACAGAUUUUUGCGUCUACUUGGACAAGACAAUGUACAUUACAUUUUAAUCUCAGUUUAAAAGCAGUAGUUGCACAGUUUUAACAGUGACAAAAUAUUUUCUGACCUCACUGCAAGGAUUGUUUUUACUAAACAGUUAUGGUUCAUCUUAAAAAAAAGAAGUGUAAAAUAUUGACCAAGUUUAUAUUAAAAACAUAAACAAAAUGCUGGACAGGACCCCUUAACAGUUACACUAUCUUUUUAUCAAUACUGACUGAACAUUAUUAAUGAUCAAUGAUUUAUUGAUUUCGCAAGUUGUGUGGUCUCAUUAGGGGACAUGCAUAUGGUAUAAGGCCCAUUUUCGCAUGACAUGGCUCAAGUAAAAAAAUGUUCUAUAACUGUAUAUUGAAUCCUUGUUUUCAUAUUCUGUGUGUUGUGUAUAAUCAUGGCAUUCAAAGAAUAACAUUGUUCAUGUAUUCAUUUUACUGCAUGUAAACUGUGUUUCACAUAUAAAUUGUUUGUUCGUUUUUUUGUUAUGUAAAUAGAAUGAAAGCUAAUAAAAAUCUAAAUCAAAA